UCUGGAUGCAUCAGAAAUCGUUUGCUAGCAGCAAAGGCAAUAAACUCCGUUUCUAAAUCUAACAAAAACUAAUUCCAAAAACAAAAAUGGGUUGCAAGGCUUGCGGAACAAACUGCCAGUGCUCGGCCACCAAGUGCGGCGACAACUGCGCCUGCAGCCAGCAGUGCCAGUGCGCCUGCAAGAACGGACCCAAGGAUAAGUGUUGUUCCACCAAGAACUAAUAUGGAAUAUAUCAGCUUCUCUGGCAUACACAGUGAUUCGUUGGCAUUUAUGGCAUUUAUGUGUAAACUUUCGGAAUAAACUUUAUGGAUUAAUAAAAAAAACUUUAUUUUUUAGUUUUAAAAUCAAAUCUUUAUUGGCCAUUUUGACAAGAAUAGUUCUUUAGUUGUUUCCCACAAAUAUAUUUCCAAAUUGGACACACAAUUAGCGCUUUUGAAAUUACAUUUAAAACACAAUGUCAACAUUUAAAUACAUUGAAUACACUUCCCAA